UCUCGUGACCUGCAAGAAAUAGUGCACAAGGUCAUGCUUCUGAACUUUCCGUUCGUUUGGUCUUUUCAGCUAUACAUUGGUUCCACGCCCACUUGUUUUUCUUUAUCGAUAGAUUUCAUUGGUUCGCAACACUGUCAAACUAAUCAGGCUUUGAGUUUUAGAAGUGUCACAUUUUUGCAAUAUGAGCCAUUUUAAGUCGUCGUAGGCUACAACCUGGCACACUUCCUGUUGUUGACCAAGCAUUCUAGAGAUGGAGAAAAGUAAGGGGUGCUGAUAACACAUAGGCCUAUUGAAUGGGAUUCUAUGGCGAUUAAAGAAAAGCAGAGUUAAGACACUCUUGAAAUUUUCGCGCGAGGAACAUUCAGAUCUGGGUGUGCAGAUUGGGUGAGAUCAUGGCUGGAGACAUGCUUCUGAUGUUGGGGCUGGUCAGGAUGAGACCCAGGGUUAUGCAAACACAAGCCCUGGCAGCCUGCAGUGGACUGAGAGCUGUUGCCACAGAAAACAAACACACUGUACCACUGAAGGAGCAGGCUGUCCGGUGGAAUCCAAGUCCAAGAACAACUGUGGAUUCUACUCAGUAUCACCCCUGUUUUGUAGAAAGUUGUUGUGCUUCUGGAAACACACAACCACUUAGAGACGGACACGAUGAGAUGUUGAGCCUUGGAGUUCGAAGCAGGGGAAAUGCAAGCACACUAAUUCUGGGGAGAUCCACGCACCAUCUCCUCAAAGCCUGCAGGGAUGGUGGACUACAUCCUUCUGGACAGAUGAGAUGGACUCACCAGGACCACUCGUCUGUGGGCAGCACAAAGGCUGAGGCAGCGGAGGGAACAGGGACAAGCAAAAAGAAAGACUCAACACGGCACAAACAAACACUCAGUGAGACUGCCCGAGAGAGGAAGGUGCCAGUCACCAGAAUUGGGAGGCUAGCCAACUUUGGAGGACUGGCAGUGGGCCUUGGCAUUGGAGCCAUUGCUGAGGUGGCCAAGAAGAGUCUUAGGUCCGAGGAUAAAUCUGGAAGCAAAAAGGCCAUUCUGGACUCCAGUCCUUUCCUGUCCGAGGCGAAUGCGGAGAGGAUAGUCCGGACGCUGUGCAAAGUGCGCGGUGCUGCCCUGAAGCUGGGGCAGAUGCUCAGUAUUCAGGAUGAUGCCUUCAUCAACCCCCAACUGGCGAAAAUCUUUGAGCGUGUACGGCAGAGUGCAGACUUCAUGCCCACCAAGCAAAUGAUGAAAACCCUGAACUCGGACCUGGGGCCCAACUGGAGGGAUAAGGUGGAGAUGUUUGAGGAGCGCCCAUUCGCUGCGGCCUCCAUCGGGCAGGUCCACUUGGCCAGGAUGAAGGAUGGGAGGGAGGUGGCCAUGAAGAUCCAGUACCCUGGAGUGGCCCAGAGCAUCAACAGUGAUGUGAACAACCUGAUGACAGUCCUGAGCAUGAGCAAUGCUUUACCUGAGGGCCUGUUCCCAGAGCACCUGAUCGAGGUGAUGAGUCGCGAGCUGGCGCUCGAGUGUGACUAUGUGCGAGAAGCCAAAUGUGCAAAGAAAUUCAAGUUUUCAUGUGUGUAUUUGUGUCUCUAUGUGAGUGUAUCAUUUGUGUGUGUGUGUGUGUGUUGCAGGGAGCUUCUGAAGGACCACCCGUUCUUCGACGUGCCUGACGUUGUGGAUGAGCUAAGCAGCCUCCGUGUCAUGACCACUGAGCUGGUGAGCGGGUUCCCCCUGGACAAGGCCGAGGACCUGCCCCAGGAACUCCGCAAUGAGAUCUGUGAGCAGAUCCUAAAGCUGUGUCUAAGGGAACUCUUUGAAUUCAGAUAUAUGCAGACCGAUCCCAAUUGGUCCAACUUUUUCUUUGACCCACAUACACACAGGAUGUCGCUUCUGGACUUUGGUGCUACGCGAGGCUUUGAUGCCAGCUUCAUUGACAUAUACAUUGAGGUGAUCAAAGCAGCAGCAGAGCAGGACAGGCAGGGAGUCCUGCAGCGAUCCGUCGACAUGAAGUUCCUCACUGGCUACGAGUCAAAGGCAAUGGAGAAUGCCCACGUGGACGCGGUGAUGAUUCUGGGCGAAGCCUUCGCUUCGGUCGAGCCGUUCGACUUUGGUGCGCAGAGCACCACUGAGCGUAUCCACAACCUCAUCCCCGUCAUGCUCAAACAGCGCCUGACCCCUCCUCCGGAGGAAACCUACUCGCUGCACCGCAAGAUGGGCGGCUCCUUCCUCAUCUGCUCUCGCCUCAAGGCCAAGAUCUCCUGCAGGAACAUGUUCCAGGAGGCCUACAGCAAGUACUGGAGCGAACGUAGAAAAGAACUCGGCCAGUGAGGUCAGGUGAAGGCAGUGCUGGGUGGUUUAGAGAGUGUAAUGAUAACUGAGAUGGAGGGUAGAGAGCCUCCUGUGGUAAUGGUAAGACAAUAUAAUCAAUGGGAGUGAGGUGUACAUGUGCACUUUAUUUUGUUUUUAUCUUGGUGCGACUGAUGUGCAUGUGUGACAUCAAAGAUCCAUUUAUUCAAGAUCCAUUUAUUGGCAUGGUGUGGACAAACACACAACAGUCAGAUAUCAUGUUAUGGCAGAUCAAAUAAGUAUUUAGUUAUCAUUUGUUGUGCUGUUUUGAAUGUCUAAAAUGAAAUACUUCAAAUCAUGUAAAUUUAAAAAAUAUAUAUUUUUGUAGCAAAAUGCACAAGUCAAUUCAUGUCUUCAGUCAAGAGACGUUAGGAGAUGAGACACAUAUCAGAUAUCAGAGUGAUGGAGCCGUUUCACGGUGUCUGUUGCUUAUGUGAUAAGACGAGAGUUCCCAAAUUGUUUUAGCCAGACAUUUGUGCAAGAGAGCCUCAGCUAUACAAUAGAGUAUUUUGUAUUGCCAAGACUGUAAAAAUAAAUAAUUAAAAAUUAAUAAAAAAAAAAA